AUGGGCUUGUUAAGUCUUUUAAGGAGAUUGAAAUCCAAACCAGAACAAGAAAUAAGAAUUCUUCUUCUUGGUUUAGAUAAUGCAGGAAAGACAACUUUGCUUAAACACUUGGCAUCUGAAGAUAUAACUCAAACAACUCCCACUCAAGGAUUUAACAUCAAAAGCGUUCAGUCACAAGGGUUCAAACUAAAUGUUUGGGAUAUUGGAGGACAGCGAAAAAUUCGCCCAUAUUGGAAAAACUACUUUGAAAAUACAGAUAUCUUGAUUUAUGUGAUCGAUAGUUCAGAUAAAAAGCGCUUUGAGGAAACCGGAGAAGAACUCUUGGAACUUUUAUCAGAAGAUAAAUUAGCUGGAGUUCCUUUAAUAGUGUUCGCCAACAAACAGGACUUGCUCACUGCCGAACCAGCAAACAGAAUAUCAGAUGGGCUUGGAUUACUAACUAUUCGAGAUAGACCAUGGCAAAUUCAAGGCUGUUCAGCUAUAACUGGCAAUGGUGUACAAGAAGGAAUAGAAUGGGUGAUAAAAUCAGUGAAUACUCGUUCAAAAAUGAAAUAG